AUGCAGUCGCGCGACGGCACCACACAGGGCGGAGACAGCCUACGAUUGCUUACAGCAUUGAACUACGUCUGGGACACCCUUCAUGCUAAAGCGACGCUCGAGUAUGCCGUUUGGCGGGAUCGAGAAUACGAAUGGAUCACCGAGAACCUUGAGAGACGAAUGAACGAGGUAGUGGCGGCGGAGGUGGACUCCGAUGCCGUCGCAAACGCGAUAGGAAAGUCAGGCUCCUUCUCUGACACACCCCCCACCGCCAAAAGCACGGAGAACGAGUCAGGAAGAGCACCAGCCUUGGGUGCAAGUUCCCACAGUAGGGAGCACCAUCCGGGGUCGGGCUGGGAUCAGUGCGACUAUUGCCAAGAGUUCCCGACGGAGAUCGGGUGCCAUGUCGCCAUGGAGUCCUCCGUUUGCCAGCGGUGCAUUGACCACAACCUGAUGUGUAUGUGGUCGCGGUUGGGCCAGCGGAACGACUUCAAAUGA